AUGUCUGAAGGAGAAGCAGCCGCAGCUGGGAGCGGCGGAGGCGCUGGGGGCGGUGCAGCACUCGCAGCUGGAGACCCCAGUGGUGGUGGUGAGUCUCCUUACGAUGGCGUCGUUCCGGACAGCACCCAACCGGAUACUUCUCAAUCCGGUCCCGCUUCCGGUGACGCUGGAGCCAAUAACAACAGCAAUGAUAACGGAUCGGCAGCAGUUGCGGCCGUGGCUGCAAACAACGAAAUCGGAGAAAUGGCCGCCCCGUUGGGGGUCUCUGUAGGGAACCAUGGCCACGACCAAGGCCACGACCCAGCAUUUGAUCGACCCCCCGAUCUGGCAUACAACCAGGGACGCUUUGGAGCAUCCUCACCAUUCCAACGGCGAACCCACGAAUAUCGACCGACCGCCCGGCAGCGCACAAUUGAUCUAGACGAAUACUUUCACAAACUAAGGCAUGAGCCAUACACGGGCUACGAGGACCUCGUGCAUCUCGUCGGCCACCUGGAUACGUUUGCCUUCAAUGCCACGGCGAAAGAGCCGGAAAAGGUGCACGAGCCGAAGCCAAACAUUGUCAAACUCCUCGGUGGGUAUCUGGGCAUUUCUUUUGCUGCAAGCAAUCCACGCAAGACCAUUAAGCGCGCCAACUAUCCACUCGGAAACCUGCCCCUGGAGAUCUUGACCUACCUAGCGUGCAUCACGGAUGAGAUGAUCACCAAUACACAGUUGGUCAUCCCCAUGCAUCAGACCCUUGCAUACAACAACAUUGCCGUCCUCAACGAUGUCCUGAUGGGCACGGAGCGCGUGUUGACGACGCCGCUGCCGAUUGCCUACUCCAUUGCCAUCUCGCAAAUUACAUGGGUGUACGUUUUCUUGCUGCCGUUCCAGCUGUACCCGACGCUGCAGUGGGUGACCAUCCCGGCGACCGUUGUGGCGUCGUAUAUUAUAUUGGGCAUUCUCUUUAUCGGCCGCGAGAUUGAAAACCCGUUCGGCCACGACGUCAACGACCUGCCGCUGGAGUCGUAUUGCGCCCAGAUCUCCAUGGACCUGGACAUUCUGGCCUCCAAGAAGAAGCACCACCACCGCGACUGGGUCGAAUCGCUCGACAACAAGGUGCUGUACCCGAUCAGCAUGAGCAGCUGGCACGUGUGGAAAGCGCGCGGCGAGCACAAGAUGCGCGAUGCACUGCGGGCACGGUCUGAGAUUGCGCUCGACACGCGCAAGGCCAUGAUGAGCCAGAAGAAGAACCGCAGCCCGGACGCCACGAAGAGCGGCGACGACUCCGAUCUGAAACACGACCAAGAUCCCCACGACGGUGGCAUUGGGAGUGGCCCACUGGGCUUGGGGCUUGGUCGGCGCCACGGGCUUGGCCGCAAGAUGACGGCCACACGCAGCGAGACCACAACGAGCGGAAUAGACGAGGAAGCCAAUAUCGGCUUUGGCUUCUUUGGCUCGGCUAGCUUUGGCAGCAGCGGCAGCAGCGGCAGCGACUUACCCGGCCGGAUCAACAGUACCGGGACUUUCAACAAGGAAUAA